AAAAUAUAAAUUAUUGUGAAUGGACCCCUCAUCUCGUUGAUCAACUUGGCGUUCGCUUUUUCCAGGAGGAGGUAUUGAAAAUUAUAUUAAAUAGAUGGUGCUUACUUCGUCUCUCAAGCGAUUCUGUUACAAAUGUAGAUAAUCUAGUAAGUGCCUGUGAUUUUGAAUUUGAUUACGAGUCGAUAGAGGACAUUUCCGAGAGAAAGGGCACAUAUGAGAAAUUGAGGAAAAAAUGGAGUCCAGAUGAAAAUCAGAUAAUGACGAUGAGGUUAAACGAAAAAGAAGGGAUAGUAAAUAUGCAAUGGUUGACUGUAAAACUACAUGAAAUUAGCUUUUAUCUACACAGUAUUAUCGCAGAAAGGCCCCAGAAAGCAGUGUCAGAAUGGAAAUACCAGGCCUUGUUUGAAAAGUUGCUUCAACUAUUUUGCUUUGAUACUUUAAGCCAACCAUUUAUUGGGACAGAGAAGGCACUAAUAAUAGGUCACACCAUUUCAUCCAAAGCUGACAUUAUCUGUUCUCGAUUAGACACCAGAUCUGAAAGUCCUAUUAUAUGUGUCUGUGAGGUAAAGUGAUAUUGUCAGAGACUUUUCAACGCAGGGAAAAAUUAUAUGCUCAUCAACAGUCCAAUCCAUCAUGAAAAAAAU